AUGGCCGCAAAUACUGCUACUGUCCGGCAUGCCCGCCACGUUCCCGCGAUCCUGGAGCUGAUCCGCGAGCUGGCCGACUACGAGCACGCGCUGGAUGCUGUCGAAGCCACCGAGGACAAGCUUCUUGACACCAUCGCCUUCGCGCCCUCGGACUCGCCCGCCGCCGGCAGCAGCAGCACCCUUCCGCAAACGGAACCCACAUCCCCGUCCAAACCCGCCCGGUGCUUGGUCCUCACCACGCCCUCUGGCACCGUGGCCGGCAUCGCCCUCUACUUCUACAACUACAGCACCUGGCGCGCGCGGCCGGGUAUCUACCUUGAGGACCUCUACGUGCGGCAGAGCGAGCGUGGGAAGGGCUACGGCAAGCGCCUGCUGGUCGAGCUGGCCAAAGAGGUCGUAGCCUUGAAGGGCGGUCGGCUCGAGUGGGUGGUUCUCAAGUGGAACGAGCCGUCGAUCAAGUUCUACGAGAGCAUCGGCGCCAAGAUGAUGAGCGAAUGGGUGGGUAUGAGGGUGGAUGGGGAUGCGCUGAACAAGUUGGCGACAUUGUUGGACUAA